AUGGCAUCCCCGACAGCCUCGAACCGUCGCGGCUCAGGCUCCUCAGCCGGGUCGCUCAAGCGAUCCGACGAACGCUCCUCUACCGGACACAAGAUCCCGCUCGAGACCUUGGUAACCCAUUUGCUAGCCGCGAAGCGAUCGCUAUCGUCAAUGAAUCACGUUCUCCGCGCCAACGAAGUAGCUACAUCAGCCCGAAAUGCGCAGGAGGAAGCGGCACUGCUAAACGCCCAGGCCGGCUUUCUUCGCGGCGCGACCCUUGACCAGGCCGCCAUUCUGGUCAAGGUUCGUCGCAGUCUCCAAGCGACCUAUGACUGGGGCAAGAGGGAUUUCCGGGUCCUCGUCAAGUCCAUGGAUAGUGUCGAUGACGAGCUCGGCCGAACAAUAGAGUUUCUUCGGUCAACUCAAGUCAACAGCGUCCUUCGCCCGGAAGACGAGCAGCGAAAGAAUCUAUUAGAUUUCGUCGAUGAAGAAAGCGUCAACACCAUGAGAGAUGCAAUGAAGAAGAGUAUUGAAGAGCUUCAGGGCAUUCAGCAAUCAUUUGACGGCGACCUCCUCCGCUUCGACAACGAUAUCCGCGACCUCAAGAAGAUAAUCAUUGAGUCCCAAACGCAAGAGUCGGAUGAUGAAGGCCAGGCGUCGCGACCGCUUACGAUGGAGAUCAUGAUGAACCUUGUCGAACACUCAACCGUAAUGGCGCAGCUGCUAGUAUCCUUGACGAACCACUUUGACAUGUGCGUCACGGCCAUUCGCACUACAGAGGGCGGUGCGGCUCUAGCUCGCCGCCGAGCUGCUGAGGUGAACCAAAUUCAAGGUAGCGAUGGCGUGUCCAUAUCGGGUGUCAUUGCCGAGCAGGAAUCCAACACCUCGGAUUUGGAGCCGACGACGGAUAGUGACCGAGCAGAAAUGAUCCGGGUUGUGGUGCAGGAUGCAGGCGAGGUCAGCGAUGUUGUUCAGGAGAUUCAAGAGCGUCUUGCGGCCAUGGAACAGGACUACAAAUUUCUGGAGCACCGACACGCCGAAGCUGAAAAAUCAUAUCUCGCCAUGCUCGAGGCAUUCACGAUACUUGGAAACAUCGGCGACCGUCUGCAUGAUUAUCUAGCUGCAGAGCAAGACUUCAGGACUCGAUGGGAGCUGGAGAAGGAGACUGUUUUCGACAAGUUGACAGAGAUGAAGGCGAUGAGAGGCUUCUACGAUGGCUAUGCGAGUGCAUAUAAUACGUUGAUCUUGGAGGUUGAGCGCCGAAAGUCUGUUGAAGAUCGUGUGCAAAACAUCUGGCGUAUGGCACAGGACAACGUGGACAAGUUGUUGGCCGCCGACAGAGCAUCCCGAGAAGCCUUUCACCAGGACGUCGGCGAGUACCUACCGACUGAUUUAUGGCCUGGAAUGCAGGCCAUGCCGAAGCGAUGGCAGGUCACUCGAAUUGAGGACGAUAUAGGCUUCACGGAUGGCCAAGCCGAGGCGACUGAGGAGAAUGUCGGCUGA